AUGAAUCCAAAAUUCAAGGGCCUCGAGGGGUCAUUGGGAGCGGUGUACUACAACUUUCCUCAUGCAGGAUCUGUGGGUGGCUUUUUCGAUGGCCACCCUCUUGUAAACUGGCGUCAUGAGAACCUGAUGCGGCUGUUCUUCCGGGCCUUGCGAUCCUUCAUGACGGUUGGAGGUUUGGUGAAGGUGGCUUCCAACAUGGGUGCUGUCGGAGUUCGGUUCUCGUACAUUACUUUUGGUGCCAAAGAGAAUGAGUUUGAUCAUGUUGAAACUGUACCCUUCUUGCAGUGGAACCUCCACCGUUACAGCCGAUCCUAUGGAGAUAGGCGAGACGUGAUCCGAAGACCAGACCAGGCCGAGGGCUACAAUGCCCAGCGAGCAGACAAAGACAUGGUGUAUACGUUCAAGUAUAACCCAAGCGGCAAGCCUUUGCCCCCGCAAGCCCUGCGACUGCCCCCGACUUUGAUGACCUUGGAGGAGUGUCAGGAUGGCCAGCAGCUGAAAGUCGAAGGGGUGAGAGCGGCUCUGCAGCAGCAGAGAAGCUUCGUUUUCGAAGAUGAGGCUGAGCAUUUGCUGAGAACCACCUCGGAGAGGAGCAAAGAAAACCCACUUGCCAACAGCCACAGGUUGCGAGACGUCUGGAAGAUUGUUGUUGCGCAGCACCAGGAUGCCGAAAGCGAGAGCGACCUGGGCAGUCCCGGCAGCCCUGCCAGCCCUUUGAGCCCUCCCGACCUGAACUCACGUUGGCGGCAGAGAAGCAAGCUCAGUACUGGUAGUGCCUUCUCGAGCGUCUCUUCUGUGUUCGGCACUUACAGCAACAGACAGGGGGGCCAGCAUUGA